AUGACGGCACAACAACGAGGACCAACUAACUUUUCUAUUGUAGCCCAGUGGGCCAGCCUUUGACUUCGCCCACACACAAUAAAUCUGCUUGUAUCUAUAAACUACAAGUAAUAAUCCUCUGUAUGUCUACUGUCUCGCGCUUUCUCAUUGCAAAAGGGGCUCGCCGCCGGCUCGCUCGGCAUGGCCGUCCUCCUCCUCCCCCCUUGCCUCGUCUUUCUCCUCCUCCAGCUAUUUUCCGCGCCGUCAGACGGCGCCACCGCCGAGUACGCGGAGUACACGUGCAAUGGGACCACGGGCAACUUCACCUCCGGCAGCGCGUUCGCCGCCAACCUGGACCGCCUCGUCGCCGAGCUGCCGGGCAACGCCUCCGCCUCCCCGUUGCUCUUCGCGUCGGCAUCCGCCCCCGGCUCCGCCGACGCCGACACCGCGUACGGCCUCGCGCUGUGCCGCGGGGACGUGACGGACGCGCGGGCCUGCUCGGCCUGCCUGGCGGACGCCUUCUCCCGCCUGCGCCGCCUGUGCGGCGGGGACCGGGACGCCACGUUCUACGCCGACCUGUGCACGGCGCGGUACUCGGGCGCCGACUUCAUGGCGCGCCCCGACGACAACUCCCCCGUCGUGAACGGCAUGGACGCGAACGCGUCCACGUACCCCGGGUGGGACGCGGCCAACGCCACCAGCCGGAGCUUCUUCCUCUCCCUCGUGGGGACGCUGUUCGGCGAGAUGUCCAUGUACGGCGCGUACAACUCGUCGCGCCGCCUCGCCACCGCCGUCAUGUUCAUCAACGCGGGCCUGCCCACCGUGUACGGCCUCGCGCAGUGCACCCCGGACCUCGCGCCCGCGCAGUGCUGGCACUGCUUCCAGGGCCUCGGCGACCUCAACCGCCAGUGGUACGACGGACGCGAGGGCGGGCGCGUCUCCGGCGUCCGCUGCAGCUUCCGCUACGAGGGCUACCAGUUCUACCAGGGCACGCCGGACGUCAGGAUCGGCCUGCAAGGUGGCCCGUCCUCCUCGCCGGACGAUGAUGGAACCAGUGCAAGCAACCACAAAAAGGUCUUAAUCAUCGCUCUUGUCGUACCAAUCGCUCUUGUCUGUGGCGUGCUGGUCGCCGGCCUUCUCCUCACCAGAGCACAAAGGAAACGAGCCGGAAAGACGAGGCUGCCGACGCAGAUGCAUUCUAGAAACAGCUCCAAGACGGAGGAGGCGCUGAAGCUGUGGCGGAUCGAGGAGAGGAGCUCGGAGUUCACGCUCUACGACUUCGCCGAGCUGGCGGCCGCGACGGCUGACUUCUCCGACGACAACCUGCUCGGCAAAGGCGGCUUCGGCCCCGUCUACAAGGGGAAGCUGGCGGACGGCGCGGAGGUCGCGGUGAAGCGGCUGGCGGCGCACUCCGGGCAGGGCCUGGAGGAGUUCAAGAACGAGAUCCAGCUGAUCGCCAAGCUGCAGCACACCAACCUGGUGCGCCUGCUGGGCUGCUGCGUGCAGGAGGAAGAGAAGAUGCUGGUGUACGAGUACAUGCCCAACCGCAGCCUGGACUGCUUCAUCUUCGACCAGCAGCGGGGGCCAUUGCUGGACUGGGAGAAGCGGCGCCGUAUCAUCGAGGGGAUCGCGCAGGGGCUGCUCUACCUGCACAGGCACUCGCGGGUGCGCAUCAUCCACCGGGACAUGAAGGCUAGCAACAUCCUGCUGGACAAGGACAUCAACCCCAAGAUCUCCGACUUCGGCAUGGCCAGGAUCUUCGGGUCCAACAUGACGGAAGCCAACACCAACAGGGUCGUCGGAACAUAUGGCUACAUGGCUCCCGAGUACGCUUCCGAGGGCAUCUUCUCGGUCAAGUCGGACGUGUACAGCUUCGGCGUGUUGCUGCUGGAGAUUGUCAGUGGCAAGAGGAACAGCGGCCACCACCAGCACCAGUACGGCGACUUCAUCAACCUCCUCGGAUACGCCUGGCAGCUAUGGAGGGAAGGGAGGGCGUUCGAGCUGAUCGACCCGACGCUGGGAGAGUGCACCGAGGUGGCCGACAUCGUUCGGUGCGUCAAGGUGGCGCUGCUGUGCGUGCAGGACAGCGCCACGGACCGGCCCACCAUGACCGACGUGACGGCGAUGCUGGCAAGCAGGGAUGGUGGUGCGGCGGCGUCGCUGCCGGACCCGAGACGCCCGCCGCACUUCUCGCUCAGGGUCAGCAGCAGCGACGACGGGUCGUCGGAGGUGCGGACGCGGUCGCACGGCACCGCGUCGUUCAGCACCAACGACCUCACCAUCACCACCGUCCAAGAUGGCAGAUGAUGCAUGCAUGACCGGCGUAUUAGGUAGUGUUAAGUUUGCUCCUAGAGCUUAGUUCAGAAUGGAAUGACUCCGUAUUUGUUUGUUUUUUUACGGUAAACGGGGUAGAGGGUCCCACCUGAUUUUCAUUGUAUAAGUCGUAAGAACAACCACUUACAUUGAGAGCUAGUUUAGGAGUCCAAAAAUCGGAGUAAUUUGAGAGGCUAAAAUCACCUUCGUAUCUAUCUAAAAUUGAAUAAGGUGGAGAUUUUAGCCCCUCUAAUUCACUCUGAUUUUAUGGCUCUCAAACUAGCCCUCAAGGGUGUUACUUCUUAAGACACAUAGAAGGAGGGUACAUGAGGCUAGGGAGGGUUCAUGAUAUUCCUCAGGUCUCAGUGGAGGAAAAUUCUUACCUUACUUCUGAGUUCAGUGAAGAUGAAAUUAGGAAAGCGAUUUUCCAAAUGCAGCAUAAUAAGGCGCCGGGCCCUGAUGGCUUCCCGGCCGAGUUUUUUCAA